ACACACACACACACACACACGCUCUUUAACCAAGGGGACGGGUGGUGAGUGACAGGCCGUGCAGUAGCAGCAGAGGCGAUGCAGACUGUCCUACUGGACACUAAUGCGAUUUAGUCCCUCAGCGAGCCAGGCUUUCUCACUGAUGGUCUGAUCGGCUGUUGACGUUUCAUCCUGAAACACGAGGACGCAUUGUGGAAGCGGGUGUCUGUGCGUCGCGCGCACGGCGUCUGACUUUUUCCGCAAACGGACAGACAGGAGGAGAGACAGCGCCCGCCGUGUGAAGCCCGUUUGAAUGAAUGAACACAGCGCAGGACUGAGUGAUAGAGAGAGAGAGAGAACGCAAUGGAGAGCGAGGCUCCGAGCUGUGAGGAUGUGCGGAAGAGCGGUUACCUCCGCAAGCAGAAGUCCAUGCACCGGCGCUACUUCGUGUUGCGCGCGGCCUCGGAGCGCGGUCCCGCGCGCCUGGAGUACUACGAGAGCGAGAAGAAGUUCCGCGGCAGCAAAGCAGCGGCGCCCAAACGGGCCCUCGCGCUCGAGACGUGCUUCAACAUCAACAAGCGUGCGGACGCCAAGCACAAGCACAUGAUCGUGCUCUACACGCGCGCAGAGAGCUUCGCCGUGGCCGCAGAGAGCGAGGCGGAUCAGGAUGAGUGGUACCGUGCGCUGCUCGAGCUGCACUGCAAGAGUAAAGCACUGUGCGAUGGUACUUCUGGAGAUUAUGGUGUGCCAUCUCCUGGGCCUGCGUUUAAGGAGGUCUGGCAAGUUAAAGUUUGGCCGAAAGGUCUUGGGCAAGCUAAAAACCUAGUUGGUAUAUAUCGACUCUGCCUAACAGAGAAGACAGUCAACUUUGUCAAGCUCAACUCAGAUGCAGCAGCUGUAGUAUUACAGCUAAUGAAUGUGAGACGUUGUGGCCAUUCUGAAAACUUCUUCUUUGUAGAGGUUGGCAGAUCGGCAGUGACUGGCCCUGGAGAGUUCUGGAUGCAGGUCGAGGAUUCAGUUGUGGCACAGAACAUGCAUGAGACUCUACUUGAAGCCAUGAAGGCUCUAAGUGAGGAGUUUCGCCAGCGCAGUAAAUCACAAUCUACUACAGCAGGAGGAGGAGGUGGUGCUACUGCAUCUAAUCCAAUCAGUGUUCCAUCUCGUCGCCACCACCCAAACCCUCCACCCAGCCAAGUGGGAUUUAUCAGACGACCUCGCACAGAGCCACCAGCAACCACUGGAGGAGGAGGAGGUGGCACCAGCAACAAUGCUUCCCCCACACCUCGGCAUGGAUUUUCAAGAGCUUGUAAUUCUAGUGAUGGAGCAAAAGUAGAGGAAGGCAUGAAUGCAGGGACAAAGGGUGUUAAUUCCAGUUCAAGUCCCACCACAAAUGGGUCCUGUUCUAGCACGCCCAUUCUCAGGUCUACAUCUGUUCAUGCUCCCACACCAGUCAAGGCACAGCAUGCUUUGAUGAGGUCCAUCUCGUCUCCAGCCCCUUCCCCUGCCCAGAACCUCUCCUCCUACUCAGGCAAUGGGUCUGAAUUUGUCGGCACAGGUCCUGGAACCACUGCAGCUGGUGGGGAUGGAAAUGGGAGCACUUGCAAACGAGUGCCUCUCCGUCAGCCCUCAGUUUCUGGUUCAUUCAGUGACUAUGGUUCUUCAGAUGAAUACGGUUCCAGUCCGGGUGAGCAGUCUUUGCUGACUGCAACCAUUCAGGCAGAUUCUGUAGAUAGCUCAGGUGGGGAUGAAGCUGCCAACUAUAUCAUUAUGGCACAGAAAGGGGCAUCCAAUUCACUGCCAACAGACAACUCUGUGCCUCAGACGAGAAGGGUAUUGCGACGGUCUUCAGGUCGUGAAUGUGAUACUGAACAUAGGACGAUCAGUAAAAGGGCAUCUCUGCCACCUAUGGCUCUUGAGAGACUUGGCACUUACCGCAGAGCAGGAGAUGUAGAGAUUGAGGAAGACAACUACGCUGUAAUGUCUCGAAGUACUAGCCGUGAGUCUUUCAGCUCACGCCAGGAAUCAGAAUCAACUGUUGGUGGAACCAGAUAUCUGGAUGUAGCUGCAGAGUCCAAAGCUGAACCAGGAAGCUGUGGAUUAGAUGGAUCGACUAUUACUGGUAAUGGUAUUGUAGGGAGUGACAAUGGAUACAUGUCCAUGCUGCCAGGGGUAACGGCUCCUCCAGUGUCCCUCUCUCACUCACUAUCUGUAGCAGUGCCAGACUCUAAACCUGCAGAUGACUACAUGGCUAUGACUCCAAACAAUAGUAUCUCACUUCCUCAGCAGAUCCAUCUUCCUACUUCUACCACAGAUGGCUAUAUGAUGAUGUCACCAAACAGUAGCUGUUCCCCAGACCAGCGUGUGGUUUCAGGAGCCUGGAUUGGCAAGAACAGUGCAGACAAUAGGCCUGGCAGUGAUUAUAUGAACAUGUCACCUAUCAGUGUCCGUGCCAACAGCACUCCAUCUCCUCAAGAGUCUCUUACAGCAUCUGAAAAACAUCCCCAGCAACCUCCUCCCAAAAUGGUAUAUUCUUACUAUUCCCUACCCCGUUCUUAUAAACAUAGCAGCCCUAAACACUUUGAGGAUGGUUUGGGAAGAGGAAAGUGCCUCAAUAGUGAACGUGGAAAUGGUGGUGGUCAAGGUCUUGGCACUUGUAGAGGCACAUCUCAUUAUCAAGAACCUGGAGUUGGACAGCACUUGUCUUUUUCCUCCUCGUCAUACUCAUCCAGUUCAGCCAGCAGUGAAAGUCUGGGUGAAGGUGAAGAAAAGCUCACCCAAGUGAGAAAGACAGCUGCAGGAGCUCAAACAAAGGAUAAUGGGGCUUUGCAGCAGAGAUUGGGGUCUGGGGCAGCUAAACAAGCACAGGGCCAAAGGAAUCGUCCUCUUAGUUUGUUUGUGGAUAUCUCUAAAGCUAAUACCUUACCUAGGGUCCGUGAGACACCAGUCCCACCUGAGCCAAAAAGUCCUGGUGAGUAUGUCAGUAUAGAGUUCAAGAGUGAAAGAAGCAUCAGAGAAAUAGUUAGAGGACCUAAGAAGGGUGGUUCCAUUCCUGCCACGUCACAACACCCCUUGUCUAGGCCCACUUCUUGUGUUGCUGGGUUCUUACCACAUCCCUGCAGCCCCUCUUCUGACGUCCCUCCAUCUGUUGCUUCAGAAUAUGUCAACAUGGAGCUAGGAGCCUCACCUUCACCAUCAUCCUUCUCCCUCACUCCCCUUGGUUUCCCUUCUUUUACCACUCCUACAACCCCUCCUACAACAGCACCCAAAGCUUGGGAUGAGCAGAGAUCAACACCACAAAAUGAAGAAGAGGCUGAGGUGGAAAUGGUACAUAGUGGACAUCGGCCUCUAUCAGCCUCUCAGUCACUUGAAUCUCCUAUACCAUGUGCAGAGUACACAGAAAUGGUCUUUGGAUUGAGCUCAGACACGACCACCAGCUCUAUGACAUCUAAAGAAUCACUGUUGGACAGACAAGAAUCCAUAGAUCCCACCCUAAGCCUAGGUCUAAAUUUAGAAUUUCCAAUGUCCAAAGCCCCAAAUCCGGAUCAUGGUGCUAAGGUAAUAAAAGCAGAUCCUCAAGCUCGGCGGCGUCACUGUUCUGAAACUUUCUUGGCCCCUUCUUCAUUGUCCUCAUGCCCCGUAAAUUCCCCCUCUUCUAUGUGCAUGAUCAGUGAGCACACCCAAGCCAUAGCACGGCGACUUGGUUUAGAUGGCACUUUGACUGGCAGUGGAAACUUGCAAGAUAACCCAAAUCAGCAUGCCAACCAUGGCUCAGCUAAUAUAAAUACUACCCAGACCUCAUCUACAGAGCAAGGGCUCAACUACAUAGACUUAGACUUGGCUACAAGAGAGAGCUCACAUCUUGUUGAUGUUCAGACUGCUGGCCAAACAGCACGGCUUUUUUCAUCUGUUUUGGAUAGUGGUGCAACUGGAGGUGCUGGAGGAACAGGAGGUCUGAGCAGCAGUGCUUCAAAUCUCAACACGUAUGCUAGCAUUGACUUCUACAAGUCAGAGGAGCUACGUUCACACCAAGGCAGCAGCAGCAGCAGCAAAGACAGUACAGAAUGCUGAAGUGUUGCCCUGGUCCUCUGGAACACAGAGGAAUGAAGUCCUAGAGUUUUCCUGCACACACAGUGUGUGACUGUUCGAAAACAAACAGGCAGUGUGUGUGUGUGCACGCAAGGUCCAGCCACCUCUUUGGCACUUUGGAAAUAGACUGAUAAACCAUUUUGACUCUGUUUUUAGUUUGUCUUGUUGCAGCAACCAGUAAGAGUGAGUGCCAAAAGAACUCUCCUUGCUGCCCAGAUUGGUUUUGUAACAAAUAAAAACUGCAGCCAAUCAGAGGACAGAAUGAAAAACGCCUGCCGAGUGAGAGCCAAUCAGGUCCGACAAUCAGGCAUGUGAACAGUUUGGCAUAAGGAUUCAGUCAAACAAUGGAACUUAAGGAUAAAUUCUUGAAUUGUGAAUGGCUUGAAAAAAAAGUGCCUAUUGUUUUGAUUGUAGAUAUUUGAAACAAGACUUACAGCUUGAUUUUGACUGAAGAACUGCUGGGAAGGCAAAACUCACCAAGAAAAAGACGUGGUACUACAGUGUGAAUUGUUCAGAUGAUGGUCGUGCUGUGAUGUUUAGUUGAUUAGUAUAGCAGCUUUACCGUAAGCCUCAUUACUUCGGACUGUCUCACUACUGACUGUCUCUGUAGAUUCCUUCUCACAACCCUGUCCAUAUAUCUCACCUCCCACAUCUUUCAUUCUUCUCUCCUUUUGCUCCGCUCUUUGACAUUGUGUCAUUUUUUUGGUCUCUUUUUAUGUGAUUUAAAUGUCCCAACUAUGCAGUAGUACUUUAGUGCCUAUCUGUAAUUCUGCACUUCUCUCAUGUCCUCGUUUAGCCUGUGCUCCUACAGUAGGUAGCAUGUAUCCCGGCGCGCUAUUUUUAUCUCUCCUCUUAAGGUGGGGUGUUUCUCUGUGAUGGUACCUGCUGUUACUUACCUCAUGCAAACACGCUAGCUGAUCCAGUCCAUGGUGGACUGUACAAAUGAUGUUUCAAAUAGGAAUGUGAAAGACAUUAUCAAUCUUAAGAGUUCUGUGGACGUCACCUUUUUUUCACUGGGUUUAGACCUUUCCUUGUUUUCUAGCAGUGGUUAAAAUAAGGAUCAGUGACUUGACAUCAGUGUAAAAGGCAACGUCGAUGUGUAGCAUGAAAUACCAGCCUCCAUAUUGGUUGAUAUGAUCAAAGGCAAACAGUGCCAAAGUUGAAUAUACGGAACUCUGCUUAUAGUUCUCUAAUGUCACUGUUAAUUUUGUAAUGCUUUUCUAUUUUCAUUUUCUGGCAUUAUUCUUACAUUAAUUCAACUUUUAAUGAUGGUUAACUGCCUUCUGAAGAUCAUUUUCAGUUUCACUAUAUUUACGGCGGCAUGCAAAAGUUUGGGCACCCCGGUCAAUAUUUCUGUUACUGUGAAUAGUUAAGUGAGUGGAAGAUGAACUGAUCUCCAAAAGUUAAAGAUGAAACAUCUCAUUAUCUGUAGCCGCUUUAUCCUGUCCUACAGGGUCGCAGGCAAGCUGGAGCCUAUCCCAGCUGACUACGGGUGAGAGGCGGGGUACAAGUCGCCAGGUCAUCACAGGGCUGACACACAGACAACCAUUCACACUCACGGUCAAUUUAGAGUCACCAGUUAACCUAACCUGCAUGUCUUUGGACUGUGGGGGAAACCGGAGCACCCAGAGGAAACCCACGCAGACACGGGGACAACAUGCAAAUUCCACACAGAAAGGCCCUCGCCAGCCACGGGGCUCAAACCCAGACCUUCUUGCUGUGAGGCGACAGCGCUGACCACUACACCACCGUGCCGCCCAAGAUGAAACAUUAUUUUCAAUAUUUUUAGCAAGAUUAGUGUAUUAUUUUUGUUUUGUACAUUUUUAGAGUGGAAAAAAAGGAAAGGAACAUUCUGCAAAAGUUUAAGAACCUCAAGAGAUUUGAGUUUGAAUUUUUAUGAAUGUCUCAGACGUUAAUUAGCUCGUUGGGGCUGUGGUUUGUUUACAGUCUUCGUUAGGAAGGGCCAGAUGAUGCAAAUUUCAAAGUUUUAUAAAUCGCCUGACUCCUCAAGCCUUGUCCCAAUAAUCAGCAGCCAUUGGUUCCUCUAAGCAGCUGCCUAGUGCUCCAAAAAUUAAAAUAAUUGAUGCCUACAAAGCAGGGAAAGUCUAUAAGAAUAUAUCAAAGCGUUUACAGGUUGCCGUUUACUCAGUUCAUAAGGAAAUUAAGAAAUAGCGGUUAACAGGAACAGUGAAGGUCAAAUUGAGGUCUGGAAGACGAAGAAAAGUUUCAGAGAGAGCUGCUCAUGGGAUUGCUGGAAAGGCUACUCAAACCACCAUUUGACGGCAAAAGCCCUUCAGGAAGAUUUAGCAGACUCUGGAGUGGUGGUGCACUGUUCUGUUGUGCAGAAUCACCUACACACAUAUGACCAUCAUGGAAGUCAUCAGAAGAAAACUUUCCUGUGUCCUAGCCUCAAAAUCCAGUAUUAGAAGUUUGCAAAGGAACACCAUCGAUCUAUGAUGCAUUUUUUUAAUGAGUCCUGUGGACUAAUGAAGUUAAAGGGGUACAAAAUAUAAUAUAUAUGGUUGCUGAUGUGACAAAGUAACGUAUUCUAUCAAAUUUAUGUACUAGAAAACAACGAAAUAUCUUGGUAAUUGUAAAUAUAAUACUUUAUACGCUAAACUGCACAAGAGUCGCCAUUUUUAAAAGACCGUGACGUCAGCGCUACCCACUGCACUAGCGGAACUCUCCGAAAUAGAGGAGAUAAGCGUGUAAUCAUGGUGUCGGGCGCAUCAAGUGAAAGCGACAGCUCUGUCGAAUCAUACGAAGAGAUCCCGCAAGACACACUGCAAGCAGGCUAUGGCUUAGAAGGGUACCAAUUUGAACCUAGGAGAGGUACUCUCGACUACGGUGAUGAAAUAAGAGAAGAAAGCUCGGAUGACGGCGAGGAUGAGACUGAUGCUGACCAUGGGCAUGGCGAGCGUGGGGCAGAGCGUCUGCGUGCAGGUGACACGGCGUGGUGCUCGUGCGGAAAAUGUAACGUGGAGUUGCUCACGAGUCCAGCAGAAUUUAUUCGCUGCAAUGAGAUAGGCGCCACCCGUGGACUUGCGAAAUCGUCGCAAGAGGCAGAAACAGGUAUUUCACACGUGCUAUUCCCAACCUCAAUGAGCCAACACAACUGGGCACAUACAUACGUCAUGAGUGUUACGCAGAGAAAAUGAACAUGCAUUCUGAUUGGAUAAAAUUAAUAUCAUGGCGGGCUGUUCAAACUGCGGAAAUAGUUUGCUCGAGCUACUUUCAAAACACUAUAACUUUCCAACCUUAGAACAAAAAACUUUUGUAAGUCUUGAAUAAGGUUCAUUAAUGUGUGUUUUAUUGUUAUAUUUACUCUAUAUAUUGCCCUCUGUUCCCCUUUAAAAUAGAAUGUUUUAGCUGCAAUGAGCAAAGGUGUGUUUGGAGAAAAAGGGUGCAGAAUUUCAUGAGCAGAAUUCCUCUCCAACUGUUAAACACAGGGUGGAUAGAUCAUGCUUUGGGUUUGUGUUGCAGCCAGUGAGGCUUAAGAGGCACAAGAUGAAGGUUUUGCCAUGGUCCUCACAAUCCCCUGACCUAAACACCAUCAAAAAUCUGUGGCUGUACUUCAAAAGAGCCGUGCAUGCAAGAUGGCCAAAGAAUCUCAUAGAACUAGAAACCUUUUGUAAGGAAGAAGGAGCAAAAAUUCCCCAAACAAGAUCUGAAAAACUCUUAGCUGGCUACAAAAAGCAUUUACAAGCUGUAAUGCUUGCCAAAGGGUGUGUUACUAAAUACUGACCAUGCAGGGUGCCCAAACUUUUGCUUCAGGCCGUUUUCCAUUUUUGUUAUUUUAAAACUGUAAAAGAUGUAAAUAAAAAGUAAUCUUGCUUAAAACAUUAAAGAAA